GAAAACUAAUCUCAUUCAAUUUUUUCCAAUUUCAAUAUCACCCAUGUCACGUCUCUCUGUGGAGAUAUGUAGUUGCAAACCAUCUCUUGUGCUGAAUUAAUAUCACCACAGAGGAGAGCCAGAAAUAUUCUGUUGUUCUUUUUUUUUGGCAAAAAAGAAAUAAAAUAACAACAAUAAAAAAUGUUCUGGAGUGUUGUGUUAAUUAUUUGUGGCCUUAUAUACCUGUGGCAAAAGUGGAAUUAUUCAUUUUGGCAGAGAAAUGGUGUCCCCGGUCCAAAUCCAUCAUUCUUCGUGGGAAACCUGGGACCUGUGGUCAAGCAAAAGGAUCACAUUGGGUUGAUGGCGGACACGUGGUAUAAAAAGUACGCAGAUGCACCCUACAUUGGGUACUACAAAGCCUUCACGCCGGCAAUUAUGGUGCGAGACAUGGACUUAGUGAAGAAUAUUUUAAUAAAGGACUUCACGUCAUUUCAUUCAAAUGAUCUCUUCUCAAAUGAUGAUCCGAAUGAAUUAUUGACUGUAAAUCCAUUUGUUCAAACAGAUGAGCAGAAAUGGAAAUUAAGUCGUACUGUGAUGUCUCCCAUGUUCACAACAACCAAAAUGAAAUCAAUAUUUCCACUUAUGCAGACGGCAUGCGAUAAAUUGAUUAAGUACAUUGAACAACAAGACUCUGAUACGGAUAUUGACGCCAAAAGUCUUUCUGCAAAAUUCACCACGGAAAAUGUAGCAUCGUGUGCAUUUAGUUUGAAUGCAAAUUGCUUUGAGGAUGGUGAUUGUGAAUUUCGGAGGAUGGGAAAGAAAAUCUUUCAACCGUCCUUUUGGAUGGGAAUCAAAUUUAUGCUAUUUUUCUUCUUUCCCUACAUCGCAAAAUUCUUCUCACUCUCCUUCCUGCCAAAAGAUGUGGACAAAUGGGCAAGACGGCUAAUCAGGGAGAAUGUGGCAUCGCGCAAAAAUAGAACACUAAACUACGACGAUAUGCUGCAAAUAAUGCUGAGUGUUCAGGAUAAGUACAACUUGACACAGGAUCACAUUGCCGGUCAUGCACUAUCGUUUUUUGUCGAUGGAUAUGAAACUUCAAGUACCGUCCUAUCUUUUGCACUGUGGCAAUUGGCACGUCAUCCGGAUGUGCAGAAAAAAGUCUCGGAUGAAAUUGUGACGGUUUUGCACAAACAUGCCAACAGCCUUUCUUUCGAGGCACUCAGCGAGAUGAAUUACUUGGAUUUGGUCAUUCAGGAGACACUCCGUAUAAAUGCGGUGGGGCUAACAAUGCACAAGAAAUGUACAAAACCCUACAUGCUACCCAAAUUGCCAGGACAAAAGGAGCCAUUUGUCCUACAGCCAGGAACACCCAUUCUCAUACCCAUCUACUCAAUUCACCACGAUCCCAACAUCUAUCCCAAUCCCGAAGUCUUCAAUCCAAUGCGAUUCACCGAAGAGGAACGCCAGAAACGCCCCAAAUGCUCCUAUAUGCCAUUUGGUGAGGGUCCAAGAAUUUGCCCUGGAAUGAAGUUUGGUCUUCUGCAGACGAAAUUAGCACUCGUGUGUAUUGUAAAGAAUUUCACAAUCACAGAAUCGAGGAAUUGCAAGCCAUUUGUAAUUGAUGUGCGGUCACUUAUUUUGCAAGCGAGAGAUAGAUUAAUUUUGAAUUUUGAAAAGAAAAAUUAAAUUCUUUUGAAUUAAGAUUGUUUUAAUGGGAUACACUAUGUUGAUGAAGCAUAAAGCUUACAAAUGCAUAAGCUACAAAAGAUAUUUAUAAGGAUGAAAAUUAAUCUAAAUGUAAAGAAUUACAGAUUUUUGUGUAUGUGUCUUAUGUGCAUAUGCUGGAAAGGAAAAAUAAGAAACUUUGAACAAAAAUAUUCAAAGAAAACAUUCUCUUUAUAUUUUUAUAGACCGGACGUAAUUAAAUAGAUUAUGUAUGUUCAAAAACAAAAUAAUAGAAUUUAAAUAAAAAAUCAAAUGAAAAAAAAAAA